ACCUCUCUGCGCAUGCGCGAAUCACAUGUUGCUCUGUUGUUAUUGCCAGCCACUGCUGUUCAAGUCAGUGAAGGACAUAAAGCGGCACACACAGGCGAGCUGGAUUAGACUCGGGCUGGAUCAGGCAGGAUGACAUGCUCAGAUAAGAAGACUACACAUGAGUCACUGAUUAAAACAAACUGUCGCCGCACGCGUAUGUUAGAGCUGUCGACGGCGCUUUGUGUAAAGACAUUCAGCCAGUGUCACGGUCGCAUCUAGUGCACGCGCAGCAGAGAUGGACGCGCAUCUCUGGGAUCAGCUCCAGGCUGGCAGCUCGGAGGUGGAUUGGUGUGAAGGGAAUUAUCUCAUAUAUCCUGGAAUAGCGGAAUUUUAUAACACGAUAAGCAACGUGCUGUUUUUCGUCUUGCCUCCAAUCCUUAUGUGUCUGUUUCGUCAGUACGCCACACAUUUCAACAGUGGCAUCUAUCUCAUAUGGACUCUACUGGUGGUUGUUGGUAUUGGCUCAACUUAUUUCCAUGCUACGCUGAGCUUCCUGGGGCAGAUGCUGGAUGAACUGGCCAUACUGUGGGUGCUCAUGUGUGCCAUCGGCAUGUGGUUUCCCAAGAGAUAUCUUCCCAGGAUAUUCCGUAAAGACAGAUCGAGGUUUAAGAUGGUCAUCGGCAUUCUCUCAGGGAUCACCACCUGUCUGGCCUUCAUCAAGCCAGCGAUAAACUCCAUCUCUCUCAUGACGCUGGGAAUCCCGUGCACUGCUCUUCUCAUCACUGAGCUAAAGAGGUGUGACAACCUGCGUGUGUUCAAGCUGGGUCUGCUCUCGGGUCUGUGGUGGACUCUUGCACUCGUGUGCUGGAUUAGUGAUCGCAUUUUCUGUGAGAUGUGGUCAUCUGUCAACUUCCCGUAUCUACACUGUGCCUGGCAUAUCCUGAUCUGCCUGGCGUCCUACCUGGGAUGUGUUUGUUUUGCUUAUUUUGACGCGGCGUCUGAGGCUCCAGAGCAGGGGCCGGUUGUCAAAUUCUGGCCCAGCGAGAAAUGGGCUUUUAUCGGAGUGCCAUACGUCACUCUUCUCUGUGUGCACAGGAAGCCCUCUAUUAAGGUGACUUAACCUGUGCGUCCUAAGGUGUCUGACUACACUUCAAUGCACUUUGUUAUAGACAUUUACACAAAGGAGAAUCUUGUUUUUGCAUGUGGAUUUGUAAGGUUUUGUUUUUUGGGGGAAGAUUCAGAGUAUUUCGUGUCUUAAAGGCACAAAUAGAGCUUUAAGUUUACUGUGGGAUGAAUUCUGAGUUAUCCAGGAUUUCAUGUUAUAACUAUACAAGGUGUUAUACUACCUGUCAAAAGUUUGGAAUGAUUAAGAUUUCAUUUUUUUUUUUGAAAGAAGUUCACCAAGUGUGCAUGUAUGUGAUAACUGAAAUAAAUGUUUGGAUAUAUUUAAAAAUGUAAUUUAUUCCUGUGAAUUUUCAGCAUCAUUACUCGUCUUCAGUGUUACAUGCUCAAGAAACAUUUCUUAUUGUAAUCAAUGUUGAUCAAAAGUGUUUAUAAUGUUACAAAAUAUUUUCUAUUUUAAAUAGAUGCUGUUCUUUUGUAUUUUCUAUUUAUCGAAAAAAUCUUAAAAUAUUAACCGGUUUUCAAAACUGUUAAUAAUAAGAACCAUGGUUAAUAAUUGGGCAUCAGUUAUUUUAAAUUGUGCUAAUAUUUUUCAAUAUUACUUUUUUACUGUAUUUUUAGUUAAAUAACAGCAGCCUUGGUGAGAUGAAGAGACUUCUUUCAAAAACAUUUUAAAAAAUUGAUUCUUCCAAACUUUUAGCCUGUAGUUUAUAUAAGAAAUAAGGAUUUUAAAACCGAUGUACACACUAGCAAUUCAGGCUGAAAUUAAAUUUGAUAAUAGUAAUGUUUUUUGUACAUUGUCAUCGUUAAAAUCUUAUUUAAACUUCACCUAUAAUAAGGCAGCACAGCCAUAAGAGUAGUAUUGUAUAACUAUGUUAGCACAAAGCAUGUUUUUUUUCACAGUAGUUCUACUAGUUACCUUUUUUGACAUAAUAACAGUGUAUAAAUUUAAAAUCAAAAGGUGCACUAAGUGAUUUUUCUUUGUUUUACUGGCUGAUAUGACAAUGGUCUGGGACUUUAUUCUGAAUCUGAACCUAUGGGUGUGGUUGGAAAAGGAAAAGUUUUCAGGUUCCGAUGUCAUUGUAGAAAGUGUCUAUUCACAAACAUUUUUUCAAUAACAUUCAUUUAUUAACCAUUCACGUAUUUCUAUUCUGGAGGAGUAUUUUUUUUUAUCUGUUUGUAUUAUUCAGCUGGUCAUGUGAUCCUGCAACCUGCCUUAUUACUGUAACCGCUUUACUAGGCCACUGACAAGACUUCUUCAUCUCAUGGUACAUCAUUUUAAACAUAUUUGCCAAAAUAGUUUAUAAUACAUUUAGGUUUAAAACUUUAAAUGGGAAAAAAAUACUUGGUGCACCUUUAUUAUGAAUAGCUGUAGGACACACAAUCAUCUUCACCAACAGUCACCAACAGUUAAUACAGGAAAAGGCCUGAUAUCUCAAUGCUGAGUUUAUGAUGUUAAUGUUUAACGCAGCACAAACUAUGUCUUUAUCUAGAUAUUUGAAGUUAUGUUGCACUACUGUGAAAAUGAAUGGAGUGUAUUGGACAGAAGACUUUAAAAUUGCAUGAAAAUAGUUUGGUGAAAUAUAUGUAAAGGAAUGUUCUCUUGAGAAUGAAAGUGCGUCCUUUUCUGAAUGUCUUCAGAUAGAAAUGUAUAUAUUUAUAUAAAGCCUAUUGUUAGUAUUGCCUUCUCAUAGACAAACGUUAAUUUGACCUUUUAUUUCCUCGCUUAGUCUAACCUUACAUUACUGUACAAAUGCCUUUGCAGUUUGUAUCUUUAUCUGUCAAAGAACAAAUUGCCAUUGAUCGUGGAUCAUGAAUUUGUACUGUGGUGCAGGUAUGAUGUCACUUUGUAGGCCAAACGGCAGUUCGCAUCACACUGGUUCCCUGGAAAAAAAACCCAAUAGGCUUUUGGAUUAUAAGCUUUGUGGUCAACAAAAGUGUAUGAUACUUGGUUUUGUCCAUCAUUAUAAUCAACUUUUAAUGAAUUUUGAAGCCUAAAUGCAGUCGCCAGAAGUUAAAAGCUAAAGGAGGCUAUAAACGAACUACAACACAGUCGCUCGACUUCAACGUCACCAUCGCUAAGCUUCUGACAACUGUUUCAGUUUUUAUCUAAAAACAUUUUCCCUGAACGCUAGUUUAGUUUAUAUAAAAGCACAAUUAUAAUCACAAUGAGUCUGUGAAAGCGGACUGAGUUUACCUGUUCACCGUGAUGUUGUUUAAUCUCCCCGACAGCCUCUGCAGUCGCAUUUAGCCACUUGUUAGCAAACGCCUUUUUCAAGACACUUAACAGCUUAACUAUCACAGAUUUAUUUGAUGUCAUAGAAUAAAAAGGGAAAAUGUCUUGACUUUAUUUCAGCCAUUUAACCAAAACCCCAUUCAAAAAAACCUGUUGACUUCGAAACGAUGUAACCGUUAGCUCCAAUGCUAACUCGCUUCCAUGUUUUGGCCUACAAAGUGACGUCAUACCUGCACCGCUCUAUAUAAUCUAAUUAAAAUAAGGGAUGUCCAAUCCUCCUGGAGGGCCACUGUCCUGAAGAGUUUAGCUCCACCAACACCAAUUAAACACCUGAACCAGCCGAUCAAGAUCUUACCGGGCAUUCUAGAAACAGAGAUGGUCUUAUUGUUGGAAGAUACAUGGGCUCUACAAUUGGAGAAAGUGUAACGGCUAACUUGGAUUACGUGUGCCUUCAUAACCAAUCCCAUUACAGCCUUGGCAACAGUCAAUCACAGUUUGCAGAUACCAUAGAAAUCAAUGAGAAAUGCCUUGAACUGAAUCAUACCUGUCGCGCAAUUGUCCGUGACUUCUCUUAUAAAACAGCCUUUUUUUUCAGUGUAUACUCUAAAAAUACAUCAAUCCAAAACAAUGUUUAACUGCAAAUAUGUUGAAGAUCAGUCGAUGGGCUGUCGACUAAAUUAAAUAAGCUAUUUCCUCACAAAAGCGUAGUGAUGCCUCUCCAUUGUCAUCCAUUAAAACAUCCAUUCCCUGCCUACCGCAGCAUUAGCAGGCGUUUGCGCUUUUUUCGGCUAUGGUUGCAGGCUUGCCUUGAAGUGAAUUGCUAGAAACUUUCAGGCAUGUGUGUUGAGGUAUGUUGGAGCUGGACAGUGGCCCUCCAGGAGCAGAUUGGACCCCUGAUCUAAGUGAUUUAUUGACGAAUGAAAUACCAAAAACACAGUAUGCAAUAAAAACACAAAUUCAGUUGUGGUUUAUAAACAAAUGACACGUUCUAUGACUUCCUGCUGCUUUCUUCCAAUGCCACAAAAUUGCAUCAAUAUUAAGAGAAACUGAACAUUACCUCAGUUUCUUAAUGUUUUUGCCACUUAUUCAGGGUUUUCUCAAGGAGCAGCAAAGAUUUUGUAUUUUUGUGUAACUUUCUGCUCAAGCAAUGCUCAAUAUGUACUGUAAGCCAUUCAAUGGCUAUAACUUGUGGGAAUCUGUGUGUGUGAGUGUGUGUGUGUGUAUUACCCGAACCCAAAUGCAACUUGGGGACCAAGUAUACAAAUACUAUUUAUUUUUGCGAUAACCAAUAAAUAAAUUUGUAACUACCACUGAUUCAUGAUUUUGUAACCAAAUGAGUUUGAUUGUAUUUUUACACUGAUUUAAUAAAAACAGCUACAAAUUAA